AUGCUUCCCUCAAGGCUACUACGGCAGUCGACGUGCCAAUCGGUCUCGCGGGGCUUUGUGGCAUCUAAAACAAAAUGCACGAUUCCACGAACACGCGCCUUUCAUGCAUCUACUGCGCGAUCAAGUCCAGUCUUGGAUGCGAUCCUCUACCUACCGCAUGAGAUGAUGUCCCUCAUCCACACACAAGUCCCCUGGUACGCUGCCAUUCCACUCACGGCCUUCCUCACUCGCGCUCUACUUGUUACCACAGCCGGAUCCUGGUCACGGUCCCUCACUGCACGUUAUAUCGGCCUGCAUCCCCUGCGACAAGCCCUUGCCUUUCACAAGCGCGAUGAAGUGCUCAAGCGCGGAAACUUCCGACAUCCCAAGGAGGGCGUAGUACAGGUCAAGAAGGAAGUGAAGCAGGAAGUUGCGAAGCUCGAUAAGAGGUGGAAUGUAACGCUACGGGGACAGAUCAGUUGGACGUUUGCGCAGAUUCCGAUUUUCUUCACAAUGGCGGAAGUUAUCAGGCAGAUGUGUGGGGCGAGGGACGGAUUGCUGGCUAUGGGUUUCUCUGCAUUUAAAAGUGAAGAAGUCGUUCCUAGUAUACAUGGAGUUGCUAUGACCAACAACCCUUGGUUCGAGCCGUCGCUUGCAAACGAGGGAAUGCUAUGGUUCCAGGACUUGUUGCUUCCUGACCCUACCGGGACUCUACCGUUUGUCGUCUCCGCAAUCAUGUUCGCCAAUAUCUACAGCUCGAAGAACACAGUCAGUAGCGAUGCUAAAUGGCCACUUGCGAUUCGGAGAACCUUGAUGGGUCUGGCACUGGUCAUUGGGCCACUUUGUCAGGCUUUACCAUCUGCGCUACUGUUAUAUUGGGCAUCAAGUACGACCUCAGUCAUGCUCUGGAAUUUCUGGCUUGACAGGAAACAUCCGACUCCACAAGGAUUCACAGCAUGCAAGAGGCCAUUACAAAUGCCACCUGUUCUGAUCUCCAGAACACGGAAGCUAUAG